CGGGCGGGCACAGUGUAGGGUUACAGUCCAUUUAUGGACGCAGCAGAGGGCAGAUAUCAGUGUCGAUGGCAUUCGUUCCCAGCUAUUCUUAGGAGCCUCUCAGGAGCUGCACACAGCCCGGCCAGGCAGAAAGGGACGGAGCAGAGGCCGCCGCUGUCAGCACCGGCAUGUCUUACAGCGUGACCCUGACCGGGCCUGGGCCCUGGGGCUUCCGUCUGCAGGGGGGCAAGGACUUCAACAUGCCACUCACCAUAUCCCGGAUCACACCAGGCAGCAAGGCCGCCCAGUCCCAGCUCAGCCCGGGUGACCUUGUGGUGGCCAUUGACGGCGUCAACACAGAUACCAUGACCCACCUGGAGGCCCAGAACAAGAUCAAGUCUGCCAGCUACAACCUGAGUCUCACACUGCAGAAGUCGAAGCGUCCCAUUCUCAUCUCCACGGCAGCGCCCCCGAUCCAGUCCCCUCUGCCUGUGAUCCCCCACCAAAAGGACCCUGCUCUGGACACGAACAGCAGCUUGGCAGCACCCAGCCCCAACCCCGAGGCGAGGGCCAUCCCGGGCACCCCAGGCAACCUGGAGCUCGGGCAGACCUUUAGCUCCUCCUUCUCCCAGACCUCCGUCUUCUCCUCACACACGGAGGCCUCUGACGCUGGCCCUCCGUGGGGCAGCCCGGGGGCCAAGGUCAGCCUGGAGGGGGCCCUCGACUCUCUAAGCCCGAAAGCCCCGCGGGGUUCGAGCCAGCCAAAGCAGUAUAACAACCCCGUUGGCCUGUACUCGGCAGAGACGCUGAGGGAGAUGGCUCAGAUGUAUCAGAUGAGCCUCCGAGGGAAGGCCUCAGGUGCUGGACUCCUAGGAGGCGCCGACUACCAGGAACGCUUCAACCCCAGCGCCCUGAAGGACUCGGCCCUGUCGACCCACAAGCCCAUCGAGGUGAAGGGGCUGGGCGGCAAGGCCACCAUCAUCCACGCGCAGUACAACACGCCCAUCAGCAUGUACUCCCAGGACGCCAUCAUGGACGCCAUCGCUGGGCAGGCCCAGGCCCAGGGCAGUGACUUCAGUGGGAGCCUUCCUGUCAAAGACCUCACCGUAGACAGCACCUCUCCCGUGUAUCAGGCUGUGAUUAAGAACCAGAACAAGCCGGAAGACGAGGCUGAUGACUGGGUCCGCCGCUCCUCCAGCCUGCAGUCUCGCUCCUUCCGCAUCCUGGCCCAGAUGACGGGGACAGAAUAUAUGCAAGACCCUGAUGAAGAAGCUUUGCGAAGGUCAAGGGAAAGGUUUGAAACGGAACGUAACAGCCCACGUUUUGCCAAAUUGCGCAACUGGCACCAUGGCCUUUCGGCCCACAUCCUUAAUGUUAAAAGCUAAAAGGCUGUCUGGAGCCCCUCACCCCUCUCAGGCCGGACCCCCUCCCUCCUUCCCCCCACACAGAUCUGGCAUGUGAGCCCCACGGUGAUGCUUGAGAAUGUAGAGCUGUGUUGGGGGGCACCUUCGCUAGUCACCUGCAGCAGUUGUGCUCUCUGCCCGCCCUAGAGCUGAUGGCUGAGGCCCAGCCCCAGGCAGCACUGCACCCACUCUACCCCCACCCUUCAGUGCAACCCUCACCGCCCCGCAGAUAGCCCAAGCCUCUGCUCCCCGGUACAGGACCUUCCUGUAGAUCAGCGAGAACGUGAUGGGGUUUGCUGGCAGAACACCCCAGAACCAAGGGAAACAGAAUGUGUCACUGGUCCAUUUCCCACCAACCGCAGCUCCUGGGAGAGGCAGCCUGGCCUAGUGCCAUCCUGGAACAAGCUGCCCAUAGAUCAGGGUCCUGAGAAGAGGCCAAUUCCCCGGCCCCCCUCACUCCUUCGUGCCCUGGAGCCCAGGCAGCCCAGGACAGGGCUCCCUGUAGAGGAAGAGGAGGCCCCAGGGUGGACGAGGUAGAGGCCCUUCCUGGCCGUGGUGAGACUGGAGCAAGUGUUCUCCUCUCUGUGCUGUGUGUGUUGGCUCCCUAGUUCUCUCUCCUGUACAUAUAAGCAUGCUCAUUCUGAAAUAAAGAGGAUUUGAAAUGAACCAAA